UGUUCUCCUAUAUGAGCGCCGCUGCUGGAUUUGCUGUGGCAGAGGUUUCCUCAGUUUCUCCGGGUUUUUCUCCUCAAACUCGCCGCAUGUCUGCAGGAUGAACUACAUGCCGGGCACCGCCAGCCUCAUCGAGGACAUCGACAAAAAGCACCUGGUUCUGCUGAGAGAUGGGAGAACGCUGAUUGGGAUCCUCAGAAGUAUAGAUCAGUUCGCCAAUUUAGUUUUGCAUCAGACAGUGGAGCGAAUCCAUGUCGGUAAAAAAUUCGGAGACAUACCCCGAGGGAUAUUCGUCGUCAGAGGAGAAAACGUUGUCCUACUUGGAGAAGUUGACCUCGACAAAGAAUGUGACCAGAUCCUCCAGAGAGUGUCCAUCGAGGAGAUUCUGCAGGAGCAGCGGGUGGAGCAGCAGGCCAAGCAGGAGUCCGAGAAGAAGAAGCUGCAGGCGGUGAAGGAGCGAGGCCUGUCCAUCCCCAAAGCCGACACUCUGGAUGAUUUCUGAAACAUCUCUAGGUUUAAUGUUUUUGUUUGUUUUCAGUUUUAGUGUUUGUUUAUUACCUGUGACCAUUAUGACCAUCACGGAAGAUUGUGAUCAUGACUGUUUAUGUUUUAUGUAAAUCACGCGCGGCGUGAUGAUUUCUCUCCAUCUUUUGCUUUCCCGCUGUGGCUGGUGAGGCCAUAUGGAAAUAGAGGAUGGACCAAACGGAAGCACUUGGCCUGCUGGCUUUUAGUUUGAACUUUAAGAAUAAUGCAACCUUAAAGUCAGUGUUUGCGUUCCCUGUAUGAUGUUAUGUUGUUGUUUAUGUUGGGAUGAAUUCACGCUACACAACACUGAAGAUAUUUUUGUUCUAUUAAACCUAUUUUGUACUGAA